AUGGUUCAGUUGACCGACGAACAAGCCCUAUUUCUCGUCACGUGCAUCAAGCACGCGGGCUUCACCUCAGCCAGCAUCCCCAUGGACAAGGUCAUUGAUGAGCUCGGCCUGCCGUCCAAGGGUGCCGCAAGCAAGCGCUGGUCCCGCCUGAUGCAGGCUCUCGAAAUCACCAAGACGACCUCCACCUCCAAUGCUGGCACGGGUACCGGCGAUGAUGCUGGUGACGAUGACGGCGAGAAGAAGCCCAAGGCCAAGGCAAAGCCCAAGACCCAGCGCCAGCCCAAGGCCAAGGCGAGUGGCAAAGCUGCGGCCAUCAAGAAGCGCAAGCUGGAGGAAGACGAAGUCGACGAGGAAUUCAAGCAGCAGCUCCACAAGGAUGACGAAGAUGAUGACGAGGCUUGA